GUACGGAAGCCCGGGAGGAGGAGCGGUGGGCGGUGGCUCAGGUUUCUCCAGGCAGGGUUGGCGGCGGCGGGGACACUUCUGGCUCUGGCGCCAUGAACUCCCUGUAACACGCAGGCUGCGCGGCGCGGGGGGAGGGGGGAGGACGCAGCGGUGAAGUUCUCCGCCAUGAACCUGAGGAGCCUCUUCCAGGACUUCAACCCGAGUAAAUUCCUCAUCUAUGCCUGUCUGCUACUGUUCUCUGUGCUGCUGGCCCUUCGUUUGGAUGGCAUCAUUCAGUGGAGUUACUGGGCCGUUUUUGCUCCAAUAUGGCUUUGGAAGUUAAUGGUCAUUGUUGGAGCCUCAGUUGGAACUGGAGUCUGGGCACGAAAUCCUCAAUAUCGAGCAGAAGGAGAAACAUGUGUGGAGUUCAAAGCCAUGUUGAUUGCAGUAGGCAUCCACUUGCUCCUGUUGAUGUUUGAAGUUCUGGUCUGUGACAGAAUUGAGAGAGGAAGCCAUUUCUGGCUUCUGGUCUUCAUGCCACUCUUUUUUGUUUCCCCGGUGUCUGUUGCAGCUUGUGUAUGGGGCUUUCGACAUGACAGGUCAUUAGAGGAAGCAUCAAUGGAAUAGGCAGAGUUAAAGAUGGAGUGAAGAAUCUAUAACUGAUGGCUGGAUGUGACAAGAUCCUCAAGGAGCCGGAAAGGAAUGGGUGAGACGCAGGGGUGAGUCUCAGGUAUGGGAAGAAGGAAGUACAAGGAUGGUUACGAGUAGAGAUUGUUGUUAGGGGCAGGAAGGAAGCUUGGGGAGUCUACUGCAGAUUGCCUCUGUUCCCAGUGAGUCUGGAAACAAGAUCAUCACCCGUCAUCAUCUGUGCCCAGGCCUCAAGCUGCAGAAUGGGCAAGACAGCCACUGAGAGAGAUGAGGCAGGAGUCCAGGCCACCUGGGCCACAUUUCUCCUAGGCAUAGCACUGCUGUGCUCCUCUGGUGCCGAAAAUCAGGAGUUUCCUGUGCAACAUAAUACAAGUUUUACUGUAUUAUAAUUUUCAUUGCCUUUUAGUUUGUUAACCAAAUAACUACAGUAUUAAAUGCAACUUCUACUUUGUUUAACUGAUU